CUCUUCUCGCGAGACUGUGUGUAUAAUUGCUUAUGUGAGAGUAGGGAUGCGAUAUCCGGUCUCUUUUUGGUGGCGGACUUCAGCCUGAACCCAGGAUGAAGCUGAAUAUCUCAUUCCCAGCCACGGGCUGCCAGAAGCUCAUCGAAGUUGACGAUGAGCGCAAGCUGCGCACCUUCUACGAGAAGCGCAUGGCCACCGAAGUGGCUGCUGACCCCCUGGGCGAUGAGUGGAAGGGUUACGUUGUGCGCAUCAGUGGUGGCAACGAUAAGCAGGGAUUUCCCAUGAAGCAAGGUGUGCUGUCCGCUGGCCGUGUGCGUCUUCUGCUGAGCAAGGGACACUCCUGCUACCGCCCUCGUCGUACAGGCGAGCGCAAACGCAAGUCUGUCCGUGGAUGCUUAGUUGAUGCCAACCUCAGUGUGCUCAAUCUGGUCAUCGUCAGGAAAGGUGAGAAUGACAUCCCCGGACUGACUGACAGCACUGUGCCCAGGCGUCUUGGACCCAAGAGAGCCAGCAAGAUCCGCAAGCUCUUCAACCUGUCUAAGGAGGACGAUGUCAGGCAGUAUGUCGUCAGAAGGCCUCUGACAAAGGAGGGCAAGAAGCCCAGGACCAAGGCUCCCAAGAUCCAGCGUCUGGUGACCCCACGUGUGCUCCAGCACAAGCGUCGCCGCAUUGCCCUGAAGAGGUCACGCACCCUGAAGAACAAGGAGGAGGCCUCAGAGUACGCCAAACUGCUGGCCAAGAGGAUGAAGGAGGCCAAGGAGAAGCGUCAGGAACAGAUUGCCAAGAGACGCCGCCUCUCAUCCCUGCGUGCAUCCACAUCAAAGUCAGAGUCUAGCCAGAAGUGAAACAUGCACAUGUAAAUCAGAAAAUAAACAACUUGGGUGUUAACAAA